AUGGCAGACUUCACAAAAAUUGGUUACCUGACACAGGAUCAUGACAACGAGUGGGACAUUAUCGUCGUUGGCUCUGGCCACAAUGGGCUAACUGCCGCGGCCUACCUGGCCAAAGCAGGCAAGCGUGUGCUGGUACUGGAACGCCAAUAUUAUGCUGGCGGUGGCGUAGCGAGCCUCGAGAUGGCUGAGCCAGGGUUCAAAAGCGAGAGACACAGUGCCAUCCACAGCCUUAUUCAAGGGAACCCUUUGAUCCUGAAUGACGAGCUUGACCUUUUGUCUCAUUUCGGGCUGCAAUACCGCGAACUGCACCCAACCUACGCGAUCAUUUUUGAAAACGGCGCGCUCGUCCUGUACAGGGACAGGGAGAAGACGAUGGCGGAGAUAAGAAAGAUCGCACCAGAAGAGGCCGCAAACUACGAUCGGCUGAUGUCAGUCUCUGUCGGGAUCGUGGAUCUCCUAAUGCCCAGCAUGUACGAACCGCCAGCAGACAUGACCGCCGCCAUCGCGGCGAGCCCAUAUGCGGCCGAAAUCCAAGCCGCUGCUGCUAGUAGUCCCAUGGAUAUCGUACAAAAAUACUUCAAAGACGAAACGAUUACAGUGGCUCUACUUCGCUAUAUCACCGAGAUUCAGCUUGCUCACCCGACGACCAAGGGAACGGGGUUGCUAGCCUACGUAGCUCUUGGAGCACUCGAAAAGUUUGGUCAGUGGGUGCCAGAGGGCGGCGGGACAGCUUUUACCAACUCUGUCAUCAAGUGCAUAGAGGCGCACGGCGGGGAGGUGCGGUUGAACACAGAGGUCACCCGGAUCAUCACGGAGAACGGCCGGGCUGUCGGGGUUGGCACUCGUCGAGGGCAACUACGUGCCAAAGACGGCGUUGUUGCCCAAAUCCACCCCCACAACCUCGGCCAUAUGGUCAAAGGUCUAGAUGCCCAGAUCAUCUCGGAUGCUGAGAAGACAAAGAUUAGCGAGUUCACUUUGUUCGUGAUCCACGCUGCUUUGGAAAGACCACUCGACUUCAAUGCUGGCGGUGCAGCGAACUACACCAUCAUGAACACCGUCUGUCCGAACAGCCUAGAAGAGCUGAUCACAAGUUAUGACACGAUGGCUCGGGGUGAGCUGCCUGAAAACAUCAUGAUUGGGGCAUCAACCAUUUCCUUGGGCGACCCUACGCGUGCGCCGGCGGGGAAGGCGUUGCUUCAUGCUGUAGUCAUGGUGCGCCCCAGGCUCCCUGGCAAGGAGUUCGAGGCCUGGGAAGAAGUCAAGGAAGACUAUGUCCAGAGGAUCUUCCACUAUCUCACCCGCUUUGUAAAGAACCUCACCCCGGAGCUCGUCCGGUCCUACGUGGUCGUAACCCCCGCAGACCACAUGAAUGACAGUCCUAGUUUUCGCAUGGGUGACAUAUGUGGCAUUAGCAUGGGGGGCGAUCAGUUGGGUUUGAACCGGCCGACGCCUGCUCUUGCUCAGUACCGAGUCCCUGGCCUCGCUGGUCUAUACCUCUGUGGUCCCUUUAUGCAUCCCGGUGGGGGGGUCUGGGGUGGAGGUCGUCCGGUGGCGCGGCGUGUUAUGGAGGACUUGGGUCUAGAUUUCGAUGCUGAGUUUGUGAAGAAGUCUUCUCGACUGUGA